AUGACUGAACUACGUCGGAAGCUGGUCAUCGUCGGUGAUGGUGCCUGCGGUAAGACCUGUCUCCUGAUUGUUUUCAGCAAGUGGCUAACCAACCAGGUGUAUGUGCCUACUGUUUUCGAGAACUAUGUGGCCGAUGUCGAAGUGGAUGGCCGCCAUGUUGAGCUUGCUCUGUGGGAUACCGCCGGCCAAGAGGAUUAUGACCGAUUGCGCCCUCUUUCCUACCCUGACUCUCAUGUGAUCCUUAUCUGCUUUGCCAUCGACUCGCCCGACAGUCUCGACAAUGUUCAGGAAAAGUGGAUCUCAGAGGUGCUUCACUUCUGCCAAAACCUGCCUAUCAUUCUCGUUGGUUGUAAGAAAGAUCUUCGCCACGAUCCCAAGAUCAUUGAGGAACUGCGCAAGACGAGUCAACGCCCUGUGACUCCUGAAGAAGGCAUGGCUGUCGCCUCGAAGAUCGGUGCUGUUCGCUACCUGGAAUGCAGUGCUAAAACGGGCGAAGGCGUCCGGGAGGUUUUCGAGCAUGCUACUCGUGCUGCCCUUAUACAGAAGCCCCGUGGCAGCCGGAGCAAGUCCAAGUGCCUAGUUCUUUAA